UUCACACAUCUGAAAGUAUGUUAGUAAUAAUUAUAUGUAGAACAAUAUAAUCAUUAUCAUCCUAAGUCAAUUGCAAAUUUUGAUUAGUAGUCAUUGUGAGUCAAGUCAACUACUAAUUUAUCUACUGAUUACCCAAAUUUGUGUGUAUGUCAAUGCAUAAGUGUGUGUGUGUGUGCAUGUGUAUGUGUUUACAAACCAACAACAAGUAACCAGGUUAAUGAUAAAUACUGACUGGAUGAUUUCUAAUUCAUUUGUGAUUAGAUAAAUCAAAAGAAAAAAAUUUUUUUUACUUAAAAGCAAAUAACAUGAAUCCUUUCGGAGUUUAAAAAAAAAUUUAUGCCUCACUUUUAAGUACUACUUAAUACAACAUUGAAUAAGUAGAAAAUGUCUAAUUCAAGAAUAACAUGACAACUUUUGUUUUGUUUUGUUUUUAACAAAAAUUCUCUAUAAAUACCCUUUCUAACUUUGGAUAUCUAGAUUCCUGGGUUAAAAUGAAACUGAACCAGAUCAAGUUUAUCCAUCUUUCUGAAAUAACGCUUUCUAAUCCAUACAAAACACUUACAUAGUUCAUAUUCAUUAUUCAAUAAUUACUUAUUAUAUAUAUAUAUUAUUUUCAAUGUCUACAAUAGUUCAUUCAAUCUUCUUAGCAUGUAUCAUAAUACAUUACUUUAUAAUAACAGCUGAAAAAGGUUACCAUGAUGAAAGUGGAACAAAUAGUAACCAUAAUAAGAAUGUAUAUAAUAUUAAUGAUGAUAAUAAUAAUAAAUGUAUUAUUAUAGAAGAAAUCCUCAUUAGUACAUUUGUAUGUGAUUUAAUGUUCCUCUAUGAAAAUUAUACACCGAAAAAUACAUCAAAGAAUUUACUUACAUUAAAUAUAUUAAAUGAAAAUCAAAAAUUUCAAAUUAUUGAUAAUCAUAAAUUAGUAACUAGAGGACGUAUUGAUCGGGAACAAUAUGUUUUUGAAAAAUUAUGCCAAAAUAUUAAAAAAAAUAAUAAUAUAAUGAUCAAUUUUGAUGAGGAUUAUUCAUUAUUAAAUGAAGAUCUUACUGAUGAUCCAUCACAAAUCGACUGUACAAUUAUCCUAGAAUUUGCAUUAAUCAGUCAAAAUCGUACAUUUAAACCAAUUUUAAUCAAUAUUCCUGUAAAUAUUCAAGAUAUCAACGAUAAUAUACCACGUUUUGAUCAAUAUACAAGUGGAUUGAAACUUGAAAUAAGUGAAGAUGUAUCAACGGUUGAUCAGUAUUCUUUGUCAUCUAUGUUAUCAUCAUUAUCACCACCACUAUCAUCAGUGCCACCAUAUUGGAUGACAUAUUUGACUACUAAAAGUUCCUUAAUUCACAGUAGCGGUAGUAGUAGUGGUAAAAAGCGUGAAAUUGCUAUUUUACCCUUGGCAAAAGAUUUCGAUUAUGGAUUAAAUGGUACUGUAGCUUAUAAAUUAGAGGGUCCGGAUGCUGAAUAUUUCGAAUUAUUAAAUCAUACAACAGAUUCACGAAUUUCCAACUCAUUUGAUUCUAAAUCUAAAAACAUUAAAUCCUUACAUCUUAUAAGUCGUUUCACUUUAGAUCGUGAACGUAAAUCCGAGUAUCGAUUAAUCCUUUUAGCUUAUGAUCAAUCUGAACAGUCUAAAUUACGUAAUACAGCUCAAUUACCAAUUAGCAUUUAUAUUAAAGAAGUGAAUGAAUAUACACCAACAUUUGAUUUCGGUAUUAAUAUUACUAAUCAACAAGGUAAUACUAUUCGACAACAACUAUUGAAUACUGAUCACACAUUUAUUGGACAUUCUAGUCGAUUUCAUCCACAAGUACAAAUUAAAUCAUUUUCAUAUGAUUCCAAAUCAAUCGCAGGUGAACAACAAAACCAAGACCGGGUCGAAAAUAAUAAUCACAUUAAACUAGCAGAUUCCAAUUACUUAGUUCUUGGAUUACCUGAAGAUAUCAAUGUUGGGAGUCGAAUCUAUCGUGUACAAGCAAUUGAUUUCGAUUCAAUUGAUUUCUCUACGAUUAAUAAUCCAUAUCAAUCUUAUCAAUCAACACAUCCUAGAAUUACUGUACAUUAUUUUAUUGCACAAGAAACUGAUCUCGGGGUCAAACAUUAUUUCCGUUUAGGGAAAGAAGAUGGUUGGAUAAUAUUGAUACAACGAUUAGAUUAUGAAUCUGGUCCACGUAAUUAUAUAUUGCCUAUUGUGGCAAUUGACUUUGGACGUCCACAAUUGAGUAGCACACUAACGCUUACUAUCCAAGUAUUAGAUGUGAAUGAUGAAGCUCCGAGUAUUACUAUACGUGGUAUUGAAUCGACUAAUAUAAAUUAUAAUAAUUAUCAACGUACAAUUGGACAUUCAACAUUGGACAGUUUUAAUCCUACUCAUUUUCAACUAUUAGCUGUAAGAGAAAAUUCUCCUAUUGGCACUUUUAUUGCAAAGGUGUCCGCUAGAGAUCGAGAUACAGGAAUUUCAGGAGAAGUGGAAUGCUACUUAAGUGAAGCAGAUACCUUUGGUCGAAGAAUUCAGGAAUCUGGUAAUUCACUUGAAUCGGAAUACUUGAAAGGUCUUCAAAAUUUUGAGUUACAUCACGUUGAAGAUGAUUCAAUUCAUUCAGCCACUAUAUCAAACAACAUUGAACCAACAGUAUCAUCCAGUUAUAUUCAACAUACACAAUCCAAUGUAUUAGGACGGCAUGAUACUGAGUACAUACUUAUGACAAAGACAACUUUAGAUAGAGAAGUUAAAAAUUCCUAUUCUAUUUAUCUUACAUGUCAUGAUCAUGCUGAAAAAAAAUCCGACUCGAGUUACCCUUUACAAACCAAUAAUAAUAUGCCUUCAUCAACUUCAACAAAACGUCUUUCUUCAACAAAAUUACUAAAAGUUAAUAUUUUAGAUGAAAAUGACAACGGGCCACAAUUUGAUCGUUUACAUUAUGAAGUGAAAAUCUUAGAAAAUUCUAUUGAAAAUACCGAAUUAAUUAAAUUAAAUGCUAUUGAUAAAGACGAAGAAAGUCAUAUUACCUAUCGAUUUGCCCAAGUCACUGAUCCAUUUAUACAAAACUAUACAGAUUUAAAUUUAAGCACAAUUUACGCACAUUUUAAAAUUGAUUCAAGAUCUGGUAAAAUUAAAACAACUAACGUACCAUUAGAUAGAGAAGUUAAAGAUUCAAUGAUAAUACCUGUUAUAGCUUAUGAUGAUGAAUUUCCAAGUAGAACAUCACAUGCAUGGAUACAUGUGGGAAUAGAAGAUGUGAAUGAUAAUAUACCAAAAUUAACAGGAAAUACAACCUUCUGGAUAGAUGAGGAAGAUACAACUAUGGAACAUUUGAUUAAUAAUGGUAACCAUAAUAGAAGUAGCAGUAGUAGUAGUACUAGAACUUCAAGUACAAGACAAUAUCAUUCAACAAAUCAUCAUAUUUUUAUUGGACGUUUAAAUGGUGAAGAUUAUGAUAUCGGUGAAAAUGGUAAAAUCAUCUUUAAAUUAGGCUAUGAAAAUCAGUUUAGUAUUAAUAAUCCAAAAUGGUUUUUACGUUCAGAUGGUAAUCUAUUUGUUCAAUCAACUAAAAUAUAUAAUGAUAGAAAUAUUGAUAAUCAUUAUUUAGAUCGUGAAAAAAUACCUUUUUAUGAAAUACCAAUUAUAAUUAGUGAUUUAGGUAAAAAUCCUACAUUAUCAUCAACAGUAACAAUUACAAUCAAUUUAAGAGAUAUUAAUGAUAAUUCACCAAAAUUUUUAAAACCUUCAUAUGAUAAUCUAAAUUUGAAUAUGAGUAGUAUUAGUAGUAGUAGUCAUGAUAAUAGUCGAUCAACUUUAACUUAUUCCAAUUUAAAAUUAUUAAAUAUACCAAGUGAACGAAUUAAUCUAUUCAAUAUAGAUAGUAUAAAUCCUGGUACAUUAAUUUAUACAGUUCAUGCAAUUGAUUUAGAUGAUGGAGAUAAUGGGAAAAUUAUUUAUAAACUUGAAACUUAUGAAGGUUAUUGGCAAUUAUCAUAUCAAUCAUAUCAAUUAUUAAAUAAUAAUGAUAAUAAUAAUAAAUCAAUAAAUGAUUAUUUUAUUAUUGAUCCAAUUUCUGGUGAAAUACGUAUCAAUAAAUUAAUCACUAUGGAGAAUUUACAAAAAAUACCAAAAAGUUUAAUUAUUUUUGCAGAAGAUUGUGGUAUACCAUCUAGAAAAAAUUAUGCAUUAUUAUAUAUUGAUUUUAUUAAUGAAAAAGAAAAUAAACAAUUGGUUAGCAACAAGAAUUUUAAUCAUUUUGAUAAUUCUUUAUUAAAAAUCAAUAAUAAAAAUAUAAAAACUAAUUUAGAUACUAUUAAUCAUUUAAUGAAUUCAACUGAUUUUAAUCAAUAUUAUAAAAAACAAUAUAUGGGAUCAUAUUUAAACAGUAAUACCAAAAUCAAUAAUAAUAAUGCACAAUUAAAAUUAUUAGAUAUUGAUCAACAAAAAAUGAAUUAUCAUUCAAAUUCAUUAUCUAAAUCAAAAAUGAAAUAUACUCAAUCAACGAAUACCAAAUUAUCAUUGUCAUCAUCAUCAUCAUCACCAUUUCAACUACAGAAUAGUCAAAAUAAUAAUAAUUUGGAAAGAUUAAUACCAGAUUAUCAAAAUUCUAUAAAUACUGAUCAAAUGGAGAUAAUUAAUCCAUAUCAAAAUAGUACUGAAUUAAUUACUGGUUUAGGUAUUGGAUUAGUAAUUAUUAUUUUAGUUUGUUUAUUAUUAUUGAUAACUUAUGCAUUACAUGGAGUACAAACUAUUCGUUUAGGUAGAAAUGGAUUUAACAUUGAUCGGAAUAAACUUCAUAAUAAUACUGUGAAACAAUAUCAAUAUAAAACUGAUAAAAGCAACAUUAACAAUCAUAACACAAACAAUCAAAUCGACAAGAAAACCGGUGAUCAUACCAGUAAAUGGAAACAAUUCUGUAAUGUUAUACGAUUGGUCAUCAACCGUAAUCGUCCGUUGAAUAAUGGAACAAUGUCAAAAAGUAUUGAAACCGUGAACUCUUCAAAAUCAUAUACAUUAAAUCAAGAUAAAGAUAAUUCAUAUAAUGUACUCGGUAUGACAAUGGAUAUACCAUUUUCUAGUGAUUGGGAAAGUGUUCAUAGUGAAUUUAAUCUAACCAAUCCAACUCAAAAACAGAUUAGUAAUGAUAAAAAGCUUAAUUAUGCUAACAAAACUAUAAAUCAUCAAUGUAUCUAUCCACAAAUAAGCACAUUUAUACCUGUAAUGAAUUCUGUCGAAAUGGAUACAAAAUGUAAACAUGAAACUUGUGGAAUUUCACCUAAUGAUACCACUAAUACCGUUGUUAAUACAACUACUACCAAACAUAAUCAACUUUUACAAACAGAUAUUUCACAAGAUGAACCACAAGCAGAAUUACAUAAUAGUAAUGACAAUAAUAAUGAUAAUAAUAAUAAUGAGUCUAACACUAAUCGUUAUCCACGUAUUUAUACUAUUUGUACAAACGGUAUUUUACCAACAUCAGAUUAUAUGACAUUAAAUCUUCCAGAUAAUUAUGGUCAUUAUGUUAAACAUUUGAUGCCAACAAAUUGUCAUUUCUUAACAAAUAAUAUAGACUUUCAUAGAUCCAAUAUAACUGUACCAAAAGUUCCAUUUCCGCAUAAUGAUGAUACUUAUCCUCAUCAUCAUAAUUAUCAUCAUCAAAAUCAUGAGUCGUUAAUAAAUGCAUCAAGUGAAUUACAUGCUCAGUCUCUUCUUCUUACUCCAACUCCUAUAUUCCAUUCUUCUUCUUCUUCUCUGAAUUGUUGUACUUCACCAGGACAAUAUUGUCGAAUAUCUUCUACAAUAAAUAGUAGUUGUAAGUCACCAAAUGCAUUAAAAUGUUGUACAAAACAACAUGCUUUAAUAAAUUUACCAACGGAUAAAAAUCAAAGCAAUAUUCUAAAAAGUACAGGACAAAUAAAUAAGAUAGUAAAUGGUAUAAACCAACAGAAUAAUAAUAAUCAUGAUUAUAUUCCUGAAGAUUGUUUCAAAGCUAAUUCCUUGAAAUCGGGUAGUUUUGUAUAACAACAAUAAUAAUAGUUACUAUCCCUAUUAUUAUUACCUUAUCACACAGUUUCUUUUCUGUGAACAUAUUCACUAUUGUUUUUCAUCGUUUUGAUCUGUUCAAUCAGAUUCAUUGAGUUGAGUCCGUUAAAGAAAAGAGAAAAACACAGAAAGAUGAAACAAUUUGAAAAAAAAAUGAAUGAAAUCAAAAUCACCCACCUGAGCUACAAAUCUUUCUCACCAUUAAUAAACUAUAUUCAGUUUGAAAAAACACAAAAAGAUGAAACGAUUAAAUUUUAAUAUUCAAUGUUUUAACAGGGUUGUUUUUUUUUAUUGUUUUAUUUGAUUUACCUUCUUGUCUUUAUCCUUUGUGAAGUACAAAACAACAUUUGUUCUUUUAAAAUACUUUCCUCAUUCUCUUUAAUAUAAUAAUGAUGAUAAUCUGAUAUAUUUUCAAUUUCAAAUGGAAAUGUGUUUGUCGGUUUGUUCGCUUUUUCUUUCAUGACAUUCAUAAUGUUGUUAUUAUUUAAAUAGUAAAAUGUUGAAAUAGGUUACAUUGUAAAUGUGAUUUACAGAAAUAAUAUGAAUAUUAUAAUCCCUUCUUUUGUA